GGUUGGACAGAAGGACGCACGCACGGCCAAUCGUCCACCGAAGACAGGCGAGCCCACGGCAUCAAGAAGCACCAUGCAUCCGCUACGAGCCUCCCGAUAAGCCCUAUCCGUGUGACCGCCCUGCUCAUCGGGUGAUCUAGCAUGCCAUUCUCUCGUCUUUUACACGACAACAGCUACCAUCCACCGCCGUACACUUCUGGCUGCUUUUACGUGACCGAGAGGAGUACAUUACGCACCGCUCAGGCCGUUCUCAGCAGCAGCCUGCCCCUGAAUGAGCAUUAGCAGCUAACCAGCUAAUGUCACCAGGUGGAAGCCAGCCCAGACUCCAGCCCCAGGUCCAUAAAGAUGCCUGCACUGUGGGGGGGCUCCAGGUGUGAGGAGUGACUCUGACAAAACGGCUGCGCUCAGUCCAAGAUGGAGAAAAAGAAAAUGUGUCCUCGCCUGCUUGACUACCUGGUGGUAGUUGGAGCAAGGCAGCCGAGUAGUGACAGUGUGGCACAGACCCCUCAGCUGCUGCGGCGCUACCCUCUGGAGGACCACGCAGACUUCCCUUUGCCUCCUGACGUGGUGUUCUUCUGCCAACCUGAGGGCUGCCUGAGUAUCCGGCAGCGGCGCGUCAGCCUGCGGGACGACUCCUCGUUCGUCUUCACUCUCACAGAUAAGGACUCGGGCAUCACGCGCUAUGGCAUCUGUGUAAACUUUUACCGCUCUUUCCAGCGCGGCCACCACCGGCCUCGGCCCGAUAAGACCCAUGACCCUGGGGCACAGGGUGAGACCAGUGAGGGCUCGGACAACAGCGGGACAGGACCCGGCUUAGCUCUGUCUGCCCCACACUCUGAUCUACCCACCCCGGGGGAGGAUGGAGAUCAGCCCUCUGACAUAAACACCAAUAAAUCCCCUCAGCACAAGCACCGCAAUGCCAAAAUGGCUGCCCGCAACCGCAACAGCACCCUGACUUCCCUGUGCAUCCUCAGCCACUACCCAUUCUUCUCCACCUUCAGGGAGUGUCUGUACAUCCUCAAGAGGCUGGUGGACUGCUGCAGUCAGAGGCUCACCCAGCGGGCCGGCCUCCCCCGCGCCGCUCAGAGGGACACCAUGUGGAGGGUGUUCACGGGCGCCCUGUCAUCGGAGGAGAAGAGCAGCCAGCUCUUGUCUGACCUACGGGACAUUGAGUCGUGGAUCUACCGGCUGCUGCGCUCCCCGGUGCCUGUGGCGGGGCAGAGGCGUGUGGACGUGGAGGUGUUGCCCCAUGAGCUCAAGAGGGCUCUCACUUUCGCCCUGCCCGAUAACUCGCGCUUCUCCAUGGUGGACUUCCCCCUGCACCUGCCCCUGGAGCUACUGGGGGUGGACGCCUGCCUCCAGGUGCUCAGUUGUGUCCUACUGGAGCACAAGGUGAUUCUUCAGUCCAGAGACUACAAUGCUCUGUCCAUGAGUGUGAUGGCCUUUGUUGCCAUGAUCUAUCCUCUAGAGUACAUGUUUCCUGUCAUUCCUUUGUUACCAACAUGCAUGGCUUCUGCCGAACAGCUUCUCCUUGCCCCUACUCCUUACAUCAUCGGGGUACCAGCUAGUUUCUUUCUCUACAAAUCGGAUUUCAAAAUGCCUGACGAUGUGUGGCUUGUGGACCUUGACAGCAGCAGGGUCCUAGCCCCAACCAAUGCAGAGGUAUUGCCACCUCUUCCUGAGCCUGAAGCUGGUGAACUCAAAAAACAUUUGAAACAGGCUUUGGCCAGUAUGAGCCUGAAUACCCAGCCCAUUCUGAACCUGGAGAAGUUUCAGGAAGGACAGGAGCUGCCUUUGCUCCCACCGGGACGAGAUAAAGCCUCACCGUCUUCUACUGAGUUCAACCCUCUCAUUUAUGGCAAUGAUGUGGAUUCAGUGGAUGUAGCCACCAGGGUUGCCAUGGUGCGCUUUUUCAACUCCCCAAAUGUCCUCCAGGGGUUCCAAAUGCACACACGCACACUGCGCCUGUUCCCCCGGCCUGUGGUAGCCUUCCAGUGCUCCUCUUUCCUAGCCUCACGGCCAAGGCGCUCCAGCUUUGCAGAUAAACUCUCUCACACUCAGGCUGUGGAGUUCUAUGGAGAAUGGGCCCUCAACCCAACCAACCUAGCCUUUCAGAGGAUUCACAACAAUGUAUUUGACCCAUCUUUAAUUGGGGAUAAGCCAAAGUGGUACGCUCACCAGCUGCAGCCAGUGCUGUACCGAGUCUAUGAUGGCAGCUCACAGCUCGUGGAGGCCAUGGCCAGUCCUCUGGAGGACGAGGGCAACGAAUCUGACCCAACAGACAGUGGCAGUGACAGUGACGCAUACGAUGGUUCCAGCUCCUCAUACUCAUCACUUGGAGAUCUCGUGAGUGAAAUGAUUCAAGGAGACAUCCAAGGAGAGACCACCAAUUUGGAUCCCCCUACACACGCUGCUCUUGGCGACCCCAGUGAAGUGGAGUUCCAAGACUUCCAGGAGCUGAGGGAGGGCCAGAGCUCGGAGGGGCCCACGGGAGGUGCAGACAUUCCCACUGAACCCUCCGACGGACAGCCUCUCCGCUCUAGCUCCAGCACUACAGCCAGCUCCAGCCCCAGCACCAUCAUCCAGGGAGUCAACCAUGAGCCUGGAGAACCACCUGAGAUGGAGGCUUCAGCCAGUGCAGCACUCCAGAACCCUGUCCCAGGCUUAGCCAGCCAGCCGUUCCUCCGCCCCCCAGCGGAUAGCGGCGUGGUGGACACAGCCAACAAAAAGCCAGAGUAUGACAACCCCUACUUUGAGCCCCAAUACGGUUUCCCCACUGAGGAUGACCCGGAGGCCGACGAGCAUGUGGAGUCCUACACCCCUCGAUUCAACCAGAACCUCAAUGGCAACAAGGUGGCCCGUCCGCUGCGUCCCAGCAGCCUGAGACUCCCUGGAGAGUCUGACGGAGAGGACUCUCACAACAGCUCGCCCAACUCCACCAUCUCCAACAGCAGCAACGACGGGCUGGGCGGCCUCAUGUCCUUUGCAAGCAAUCUGUACAAGAACCACGGCACAAGUUUUAGUCUUUCCAACUUGGCUCUGCCCAACAAAGCUGCAAGGGAGAAAGCCACACCAUUCCCCAGCCUUAAAGGUGCUCGUGCACCCCGGGCUCUAGUGGACCAGAAAUCCUCAGUGAUCAAGCACAGCCCCACUGUGAAGAGAGAGUCCCCCUCCCCUCAGGGUCGAGUCAACAACAACAGUGAGAACCAGCAGUUCCUGAAGGAGGUGGUGCAGAGCGUGCUGGAUGGCCAGGGAGUGGGCUGGCUCAACAUGAAGAAAGUACGCCGCCUCCUGGAGAAUGAGCAGCUGCGCGUCUUUGUGUUGAGUAAACUCAACAGGGCCGUCCAAUCAGAGGAGGACGCCAGACAGGAGAUCAUACGAGAUGUGGAGGUGAACAGAAAGGUGUACAAGGGCAUGUUGGACAUUUUAAAGUGCACUGUGUCCAGUCUGGAGCAUUCUUACACCAACGCCGGCCUGGGAGGAAUGGCCAGUGUCUUCAGUCUGCUGGAGAUCGCCCGCACACAUUAUCAGACCAAAGACCCCGAAAAGCGAAACAAGCGAAGCCCUACAGACAGUUCUAGCAGCCCGGGCAGCAAAGAGAGCCCAUCGGGUCGCAUUGAGGCCGCCCGACCCCCGGCCCUCCUGAAUGUGCCCCACCUGCAGCUGCCCCACCACACUCCAGGCAGGGGCACACGCCACUUUGACACUCGCAGCCUCAACGAGGAGAACUUUAUUGCCUCCAUUGAAUUGUGGAGCAAGCACCAGGAUAAGCAAAAAGCUAUGGAAAAACCACAGAGGUCUGAGGGAGGCAAGCAGCAGCGCCCCCUGGUGGCAGAUGCAGAAGAGAAGAAGUCUCAGAUGAGUUCUGAUAGUGGGCUCAGCGUCAUGUCUGGAUCUCAGAAAAGUGACAGUGAGUCGGUGACCAGCUCCGAGCCUCCCAUCCUGACCAGAAGCACAAGCCAGGACUCUGAGGCCAGCACAGUGAUUAGUAAUAGCUCCGGGGAGACUCUGGGAGCAGACAGUGACUUGAGCAGCACAGCAGGAGACGGACUGGGCAGGACCAUGGCUCACCUCACCCAGUCCAGAGGCACACUCUCAGACAGCGAGAUCGAGACCAACCCUGCCACCAGCGCUGUCUUUGGGAGGACUCACACACUGAAGCCAGGGGCCAGAGACCACCUGUCUGCCAUGGGGAAGGGCCCCCCACAGCCCCUGGAGGACAUCAGUAUGAGAAUCUACCUGUGUGAGGGGCUGCUGGGCCGGGAUAAGAGCUCAGUUUGGGACCAACUGGAGGAUGCUGCCAUGGAAACCUUUUCUCUAAGUAAAGAGCGCUCAACUCUGUGGGACCAGAUGCAGUUCUGGGAGGAUGCCUUCUUGGACGCAGUCAUGCUGGAGCGGGAGGGUAUGGGCAUGGACCAAGGCCCGCACGAGAUGAUCGAGAGGUACCUGUCUCUGGGAGAACAUGAGCGCAAGCGUCUGGAGGAUGAUGAGGACCGGCUCCUUGCCACUCUGCUGCACAACAUGAUCGCAUACAUGCUCAUGCUCAAAGUGAACAAAAACGACAUCAGGAAGAAGGUGAGGCGCUUAAUGGGCAAGUCCCAUAUCGGCCUCACAUACAGCCAAGAGAUCAACGACAUACUGGACAAACUGGGCCAAAUGAAUGGCCGUGAGCUGUCCAUCACCUGUGGAAGCCGACAUAUCAAAAAGCAAACCUUUGUCGUUCAUGCUGGCACUGAUAACAAAGGAGAUAUCUUUUUCAUGGAGGUAUGUGAUGACUGCAUCGUCCUACGCAGUAAUAUUGGCACUGUGUACGAGCGCUGGUGGUACGAGAAGCUCAUCAACAUGACCUACUGCCCCAAGACCAAGGUCCUGUGUCUCUGGAGACGCAAUGGCCAGGAGACACAGCUCAACAAGUUCUACACCAAAAAGUGUCGGGAGCUCUACUACUGCGUCAAAGACAGUAUGGAGAGAGCCGCUGCGAGACAGCAGAGCAUCAAGCCAGGCCCUGAGCUGGGAGGGGAGUUCCCAGUGCAGGACAUGAAGACUGGGGAGGGCGGUCUGCUGCAGGUCACCCUGGAGGGAAUCAACCUUAAGUUUAUGCACAGUCAGGUUUUCAUAGAGCUGAGUCACAUUAAAAAGUGCAAUACAGUGAAGGGAGUCUUUGUCCUGGAGGAAUUUGUUCCUGAAACUAAAGAAGUGGUGAUCCACAAGUACAAGACGCCCAUGGCCCAUCAGAUCUGCUAUUCUGUCCUCUGUCUGUUCUCCUACGUGGCUGCUGUGAAGGGGAAAGAGGCAGAGGGCAAACCCAAGAUGCUGUCCCCGAGGCCCCUGCCCAGCUAGUGUACCCCCCCUCCCAUACCCCCGUCCUGUGUGUGAGCUGGACGUGCCUCUGGACGCAGACUCUGACAAUCUGUUAAAGCACAUCUGCCCCAGCUCUGUGUGGUGUGGACCUGCGCUGUGGCAUGUACAGACUUCAACCUUCACUUCUGAUCACAGGCUUCCAAUCACCAUCCUGCAAAUGGAAACUCAUGCUUUUCACUCUGGAUAGAAUACAUUACAUACAAUUCCUAUGUAAUACAGAUUUUUUUUUUUUUACACUACUUCAAUCCAGAUGCUCUAGAAUCGAUUAAUGCUGGGGUUCUCCAAAAAUGUAUUAAGGAGUGGGGGAAAAAAUCUAGAAAAUUUACAAAAACAAAGAAUGACAGAAUGGUGUUAUGUGAAUGAUGUAAAAAUAAGCAAAAUACAGCACAUUUAAAUACGAACAACUGCAUUAAUUGUAUCUUGGCACAUAUAAAAAAAUGAAAGGAUAGAUAUUAGGGUCCUGGAGCCUUGUGUGAACCUAUAUGUUGCCUGCUGUUUAAACUGAGUGACUCUUGUGUCUUUGGUCAGGGCUGUGCGGUGUGUGCAGGUCCCGUGCACCGCCCCCCGACCCCUUCUGACCCUUUCUGGCCCCUCCCUCCUGUGCUUCUCUGCUCCUCUGUACAGUCCAUGUCCUUCCUGAGCCCUGCUUUGUUUGGGGCGUCCCACAGCACGGCAUGUUCACGCUCCGUCAGCUGUGUACACUGUUCUGUGAGUGUUGUGUCUCCCUGCCCUCGCUCCACUCAAACGGCUCAUUACUGUUAACCUGUCUGUGCUCUGCUGUUCUAUUGCAUGUAACUAUGACAAAGACAAAUAAAUAUUAUAUAUAUAUUUCUAUAUAUAGUAUUUAUUUAAUAUAUUAACUGUACAUUUCUCUGUGAUAAAUAGAUGAUUUGCUAGAUGUGCAAUAUCUAGGUAGUUAGCCAUGCCAGAGACUGGCUUUAACAGGGUGAAGGAUGUGCCAGACUUGUGUGUAAAUAGAUGGGUGAAUAUGAUGUCAUUGUGAACUACACAAAAUGGAGUCUGUUUAUGAGAAUGGUGCCGCUCGCUCAAAGUUCUGAUGCCUUUCUUCUACAUUCCCGUAGACAUGGACCAAUUGAAGAUCAGAGCUGCUUAUAGGACACACCCCCAAACAACAGAUUGAUAAAUAGGAUUUUAGUAACACGUGGCCAGUUAUUUUGUUUGAAUAAAUGAAAAAAUACUCUAAUAAUUUUAAUGUGUAAAUUGCUGUGUCAAAAACAUGUAACUGUUGUUUUUCUAUACUUAGAAGUAGCCAGCAGAGGGCACAUACACUAAUCCAAGCAUUGACCAUGAAUUGACUGAUCUUUGUAAUCAUUGUCAGAGCAAUGAAUCGAGCAUAAAUGUGUAAGAAGUCUUCUCCGCUGUGUUUGGUUGCACCAUUCUCUGCAGUGGCGGCCAUUUUGUGCGUAGUGCCGAGUGUGAGUUUACCUUUAGGGUUCUUCGGGUUGACUGUACAUUCAGCAAUAUAGGUACUACAGCUGUAACACUGGAAGAUGGUUUAUUUUUGACCUGCUUGUAUUUUAGUCAUUUAACUGUGCAGAGAAAUCCACCAAUAAGAAACGAAUGAGCUACUGUGCACUGUUCAGGCUGUGCACUUGAUACUUUUCAAAGUGGAACUAUCCUUGUGAGAGCCAACUGCUGGAAUCAAUGAAACAAGAUGUCAGGUGUAAGUAUUCCAUGUUUGAGGAGAUAUUUAUAAACCAUGUACAGCUUUGGGAACAGAAUAAAGUUGGCCCAAAUC